GGGGCGGAGUUAAAACCCAGCUCGGACCUUUCUGUUGCAGUCGAACCCGCAGGUCGGAGAAAGACCAGGCUCCUCUCGGGUCAUCAGAUCACCACACAGCCGGCGUGCAGCAGCGACGGGCGGAUACGGCGUGCGCAGCUCAGACCACAGAUCCAGGAGCUGCUCUCCUCCAUCAUGGCUGAGACUUUGGGGAAGUUUGAUUUUGCCAUCGACCGCGGCGGCACCUUCACGGAUGUGUUCGCCCGGAUGCCCGACGGCCGGGAGCGGGUCCUGAAGCUGCUGUCCCGGGACCCCCAGAACUACAAGGAUGCUCCCACAGAGGGGAUCCGCAGAGUCUUAGAGGAGGAAACAGGUCAAGCGUUUCCUCGUAAUCAGCCUAUAGACACCGCUCUGAUUGGCUGGAUCAGAAUGGGCACCACGGUGGCAACCAACGCCCUGCUGGAGAGACAAGGAGAGAGGACAGCACUCCUGGUCACAAAGGGCUUCAAGGACUUGCUGCACAUCGGCACACAAGCCAGACCAAAGCUGUUUGACCUGGAAGUUGCUAUGCCUGAUGUGCUGUAUGAAGAAGUAAUAGAGGUGGAUGAGCGAGUUGUCCUCCUGCAAGAUGGCUGCCGGCUGCAAAGGAAAGACCCCAAACGUGUCGUAACAGGAAGUACGGGGGAGUCCUUGGAGGUGUGGAAGGAACUGGAUCUGGAUCAGGUGGAGAAAGACCUGAGAGGCGUUUUGUCCCGCGGUAUCACCAGCGUGGCGGUUCUUCUGCUGCACUCGUACACGUGGUCCGAUCAUGAGAAAGCCGUGGGCUCUCUUGCCCGUCGUCUGGGCUUCACCCAGGUGUCUCUUUCCAGCGAGGUGAUGCCGAUGGUGCGGGCCGUCCCUCGCGGCUACACGGUCUGCGCUGACGCCUACCUCACACCCAAGAUCCACCAGUAUUUAGAAGGCUUCACCUCUGGCUUUAAGGGGGAACUGAAGGACGUGGACGUUCUGUUCAUGCAGUCCGAUGGAGGUCUGACUCCCAUGGAGCAGUUCUGCGGCUCGCGAGCCAUUCUGUCGGGCCCAGCAGGGGGUGUGGUGGGGUACGCCAUCACCUCCGGCAGCCAGAUGGAGAGAAAGCCUGUGAUUGGCUUCGACAUGGGCGGAACCUCCACCGACGUGAGUCGAUACGCCGGUCAGUACGAGCACGUGUUCGAGGCCACGACAGCAGGAGUCACCCUGCAGGCGCCUCAGCUGGACAUCAACACUGUGGCCGCAGGAGGAGGAUCCCGACUCUUUUUCAGAUCGGGGAUGUUUGUUGUUGGACCGGAGUCUGCAGGUGCACAUCCAGGACCGACCUGCUACAGAAAAGGAGGUCCUCUGACUGUUACUGAUGCCAACCUGGCUCUGGGGCGCCUCCUUCCUUCCUUCUUCCCAAAAAUCUUUGGACCAGCAGAGGAUGAGCCCCUGUCCUUGGAGGACACGAUGAAGCAUUUCCAUCAGCUCACUGACGACAUCAACCACUUCCUGUCUUCCAGCCAAUCACAGGUUGAAGCAAAUGGGACCAGUACAUCACAGGACAGCGUGGUGCCAAACAGCCAAUCAGCGAUGAGCUUGGAGGAGGUUGCUAUGGGGUUCGUUCGUGUCGCUAACGAGGCCAUGUGUCGACCAAUCAGAGCUCUGACGCAGGCCAAGGGUCAUGACACCUCUCAGCAUGUGUUGGCGUGUUUUGGGGGUGCAGGUGGCCAGCAUGCCUGUGCUAUCGCCCGAGCCCUGGGCAUGAAGACUGUCUUCAUACAUAAGUACAGCGGCGUGCUGUCUGCGUACGGUCUGGCUCUAGCAGAUGUUGUGGAGGAGGUGCAGGAGCCGUGCUCGCUCAGGUACGAGCAGAAGUCUUUCGGCGAGCUCGACCGCCGGAUGGAGCAGCUCUCCGAGCGCUGCCACGACACGCUCCGUGGGCGGGGCUUCACGAGUGGUCAGAUAACCACUGAGGUUUUUCUCCACCUGCGUUACGAAGGCACCGACUGCGCUCUAAUGGUCACCGCUGCUGGUUACCCUGGCAACGCCAAGUCGUGUCGAGCUGGCGACUUCCACGCCGCCUUCACCAAACGUUACAUGAAGGAGUUUGGAUUUACCAUCCCAGACAGACCCAUCGUGGUGGAUGACAUCAGAGUGAGGGGUUGUGGGAAAUCUGGCAUCCAGUCGGUGUAUGAACCAAAGAUGGAAGACAGGAAAGCCAAACCUGUCAUGAUGACAAAAUGUUAUUUUGAGAAUGGUUAUUUGGACACUGGUGUGUAUCUAUGGGAGGAGCUGCCGUGUGAUCGCAGCAUCCAAGGACCGGCCAUCAUCAUAGACAAAAACAGCACCAUCCUGGUGGAGCCGUCCUGUGAGGCCCGUCUGACAGAAAGGGGCGACGUCUGUUUGACUGUAGGUUCUGACCAUCAGUGCGUCCUCAGCACCGAGCUCAACACCGUGCAGCUCUCCAUCUUCUCCCACCGCUUCAUGAGCAUAGCCGAGCAAAUGGGCAGAGUGCUUCAGAGAACCUCCAUCUCCACAAACAUCAAGGAGCGCCUGGACUUCUCCUGCGCUGUGUUUGGACCUGAUGGUGGUCUGGUGUCCAACGCGCCCCACAUCCCUGUCCAUCUGGGCGCCAUGCAGGAGACCGUCCAGUACCAGAUCAGGUCACUGGGGAACAAGCUGGAAGAAGGGGAUGUGAUUCUGAGCAACCACCCGUGUGCCGGAGGCAGCCAUCUCCCAGACCUCACCACCAUCACGCCGGUGUUUAGAAAAGGAGUGGAGGGUCCAGUGUUCUUUGUAGCCAGCAGGGGGCACCAUGCGGACAUCGGAGGCAUCACCCCAGGCUCCAUGCCCCCCCACUCCACUUCCCUUCAGCAGGAGGGCGCAGUCUUCAUUUCCUUUAAGCUCGUCAGCCGAGGAGUCUUCCAGGAGGAAGCCGUUACUGAAGCCCUGAUGGCUCCGGCUCAGCACCCCGGCUGCUCUGGGACUCGUAAUCUCCACGACAACCUGUCGGAUCUGCGGGCGCAGGUGGCGGCCAAUCAGAGAGGCAGCCAGUUGGUGGGGGAGCUGAUCGACACGUACAGCCUCGCCGUGGUCCAGGCGUACAUGGGGUACAUCCAGAGUAACGCUGAGCUGGCGGUGAGGGACAUGCUUAAAGAGUUUGCACGGCGGCGGCGGCGGCAGACCGACUCCUUGGAGGUGGAGUCCGAAGACCUCAUGGACAACGGGACGCCGAUUAGACUGCGGGUUCAGAUUAACGAGGACGAGGGCAGCGCGGUGUUCGACUUCACCGGGACGGGAACCGAAGUGUGGGGGAACUGCAACGCCCCGCGGGCCAUCACCCUGUCGGCCCUCAUCUACUGCCUGCGCUGCAUGGUCGGCCAGGACAUCCCCCUCAACCAGGGAUGUCUCGCUCCGAUCAAAGUCAUCAUUCCCCGCGGCUCCAUCCUGCAGCCGUCCCAGAAUGCAGCUGUGGUGGGAGGAAAUGUGCUCACGUCCCAGAGGGUGGUGGACGUCAUAUUUAAAGCGUUUGAGGCGUGCGCUGCCUCGCAGGGCUGCAUGAACAACGUCUCGUUCGGCAGCGAGAAGCUCGGGUAUUAUGAGACGGUGGCUGGCGGAGCUGGAGCGGGACCCGGAUGGGACGGGCGGAGCGGCGUGCACUCCCACAUGACCAACACCCGCAUCACUGACCCGGAGAUUUUAGAGAAAAGGUAUCCGGUGAUUUUAGAGCAUUUCUCGCUGCGGCCCGGCUCAGGAGGUGCAGGGAGGUACCGCGGCGGAGACGGCGUGAUUCGUAAACUCUUGUUCAGGAACGAGGUGGUUCUGUCUGUCCUGACGGAAAGGCGGGCCACUCGCCCCUAUGGGCUGAUGGGCGGUGAGGACGGAGCCGCAGGACUGAACCUGCUCCACAGACCUGAUGGACGAGUCCUCAACCUGGGAGCCAAAACCAGCAUCAGCCUCCAGCCAGGGGACAUGUUCUGCCUCUACACCCCAGGAGGAGGUGGGUAUGGAGAAGAGGGAGCGAAGGGGGGGACGCCUCGGUCAAAACGAAGGCGCCUGAACGAGACAUUCCCAGAGAGGGGGAGCAUCUUCGAGUACAGAAUGGCUCAGGAGGGGGUAUAAAACACACCCAAAUAAAAUUAAAGGCCAGAGGAGAAGCACAAAGAGAAGAGUUUAAAGUCAGGGGCAUUACAUCGCUGUAGUUUGAAGCACAAACUGGUAAAAAAUAAAAAUAAA